AUGAUAAUGAUGGAGAUAGAUUUAUAAUAAAUAAAUCAAAUCUUCUUCUUGUAAUAUCUCCUUCUAACUUUAUAAUGUUCAUCUCAUUAUCAAUUGGUGUCCACAUUUCCAAAAUUGUAUUUUAAAAGAUCAGAUGCUAGGAUGAUUUUUCCAUACAGAAUUGAAUUUGUCUCUGUAGAUAGGAUCUACAAAUUUUUAGAUUCAGUUUCCUUAAUCGAGAACCCUUAUCAUGAAUUAAAGUUUUAAAUUGGUAAUGAAGAGGAGGAGAUUGUAUAUUGUAUAGGAUUUUUAGAUUUGAUUUGGAGAAUAUUUAAAAAGUUUCUAAUUAAGUAAUGA